AUGGGACAAGGAGCAUGGAGGGACUUGGCACAUGGAAGCAGCUCAACUGGAUACGCAAAGGAAGAAGGGAGAAGCCAUCUUGAAGACCAGCUCGACCGUCCACUCGACCAACCGGUCGAGUUCCUCAACUCGACCGGCCAAGCUUCAACUCGAUCGAGCUGGAAGUCAAAGUCAAACCCGAAAAAUGCAGCUUGGGCGGUCAAGGAGCUUAACUUUAACCUUAAAACCGCAGCGGAGAGGCGCCUGAUCCAAUUGAACGAGCUUGAGGAGAUAAGACACUUGGCUUACGAGAACACCAAAAUCUACAAAGAAAAGACCAAAGCUCUCCAUGAUAGGAAGAUAGUGCCUAAGUCUUUCGCCGCUAACGACCAGGUUCUGCUUUUCAACUCAAGACUCAAGCUUUUUCCCGGCAAACUACGCUCAAGAUGGUCUGGCCCGUUCAAGAUAAAAGAAGUCAAGCCAUAUGGAGCAGUGGUUCUUUGGGACCCUAGUGGAGGAGACUUCACCGUAAACGGUCAGAGGCUAAAACCAUACCUAGCCAACUCGGAAAAGGGAGUAGAGGAAAUCAUACCCUUGGCCGAUGCACCACAAGAAUAA